AUGUUAAAUAAAAAAUUUAUUUUUUUUAAUUAUUUUUAUAAAAAUAAUAAUAUAUAUUUAAUAUUAGAUUUAAAAAAUUUAAUUUAUAUAUAUUUUAUAAUUAAUAAUGUAAAUUAUAAUAUUAUAAAGAAUAUUUAUAUUUUAAAUAAUAUGUAUAUAUUUUUUUAUAAUAGUAAAAUAUUGUUUUUAGUAUUAAAAUUAUAUAAAUAUAUAUUUUUAAAUAAUAUUCAAAAUGUAAUAUAUAAAUUAAUUUUAAAUGUUUUAGGUAUUAAUUAUAAAUUUUAUUAUAUAUUUAAAUAUAAUAUUUUAAUAUUUAAAUUAAAAUAUAAUCAUAAAAUAAUAAUUAAAUUUCCUAGUAAUAUUAAUUGUAAAAUAGAUUUAGUUAAAAAUUGUAUUUAUUUAUAUAGUAAUGAUUUAUUUGUAUUAAAUUCUUUAGGUAAAUUAAUAAAUUCAUUUCAAUAUAUUAAUAAAUAUAAAGAGUUAGGUAUUAAAAUAAUAAAGAAUUGA